GAACUGAAGCUGGGUAAUAGUAACUCUAGAGACCCGUGGAUUCGAUAUUUAUUACUUGUGCCACUUUACUGCAUUCCCGGUCUGCGAUUACACUUGGUCGCAGAUUGGUUUUGUGUUUUGGAGUGUCAAGUUUUUGGCGCCGUUGCCGGGGACUUUCUAGAUUAUUAGGAAAGGCGGAAGUUUGUUACUUUAGCGUUUUUCUUUUUGUUUUCCGCCCUUGCUUUUCACUUGGGUGUUUUUUGUUUUUGUUGGUGCAGAUCUGAAUCAUGGACCCUCAUGGCUUCUCCAACCAUUGGGGGUAUUGACUCGACUCUACUGUCACCCUAGGAAUUGGCCAAGUGAAACCACUUCCUAAAGCGUAGUAUAGCGGGUUAGGUUUAUAUGUCAACCCGGGUCCUAGAUCUGAUGACUACUCAGUGAAUUGUUGUUAUCUAGCAAUGAAAUUGGAAUGCAAUUCUAACUAACAAACUAACAAAACAGGUAAACGGUUGUAUUCAGGUUAAAGAGGUCACCCGGAUAUGGUUCCCCCUAGACUGCAGUUAAGCCGGAUUGUAAUUUCCAAGUUCAGUUUCUAUGAUAGUUAUACUGCGGAAGGUUCUUAAACAGCCUGAAGUCUCGACUAAAGGUCUUCAGACCCUCCCAAUCUGACUCUCUAGCGGGCGACUAACCUCCACCGGAGUAGACAGAUUGAGGCCCUAAGAACAAAACCUCCACUACCGGAGUAAAUCCGGUACAGAAUAGUGAGUUGGUUCCUCGACUAAAGUCACCAACUCCCUACCUUCAAUCAAGGAUACUCUAUUAACCUAGGCAGAUAUUCUCAUUCUAGGUCAAAGCAGAAACAACAGGAAUUUGAUCAGGAUUCAAGUCAUUCAAUCAUUAAAACCUCAAUCGAAUAUAAUCAAUCAUAGAAUCAGUACUUGGGUUCAUACAAUCAAAGCCUAACAUACAAAUCUAGGGUUCUCCAUACCCAGAUGAAUGGGAGAACUACUCCAUGGAGAAGAAAGCAAAAGCAGAAUCAGACACGAAAUUCAUACUGCGAAGGAUGGAUUCCUGCUUCUGGACAUUGAUUGGCACUUCUCCAAGCUCAAGCUGGCCUCCAAUGGUGUUGAAGAUCAAUCUAGGGCACUAGGGAACUCUUGCUCGUCACUUUCUCUCUCUAGGAAUCGUUCUAUCUCUCAAAAACUCGAAUCCCUUUGACUUGUGGCUGAAAAUCUGCUUAAAAGCAUCAGUGGCCAAAGCACGGUCGAGGACACGGCCGUGCUUUGGCUGAGUCCGCCCGUGUCUCGGCCAAGGCUUAAUUACACGGCCAGCAAUUGGUAAGAAACACGGCCGUGCUUCGCGUUGGAUACGGCCGUGUAAUGCUUGAACACGGCCAUGCUUUGUCUCGGCCUUGCCCGUGUAAUCAGCUCAGCUCUCGGCAUAAAAAGCACGGCCAUAGGAACACGGCCGUGUAAUGCCUUAGGUGUGCCCGUGUUUUGGCCCCAGCUUGACGAAAUGACCUCCGAAUGCCCCGAAACUCGUGGUUAGCCUUCCCUUUGACGCCUGGGACCUGAAAUAUGACAAAAUAGCACAACCCGGCGUAAAAUAGGCCAAAACACACGAAUAUACCCCUCAAACGGAUAAGAACUAGGGGCGCAAACAUGUGCAAUUACAUCGUUAUCAGGUAUCCACCACCAUCCGAGUGGUAUUACCCCGAGACUCCCUGGAGUAACCAAGGAGGAGAAGACUAUGGAGUCGGGUUUCAGUACCAACCCCCCUACUACGAAGAACAAUCAGACCCCUGGGUAUUUCAAGAACAAUCUCCUUAUCAAGAAGAAUUCCUCCCACAACAAGAAGGACCAUCAGAUCUUGGGUUUGCCACAGCCUUCAUGGGCCACUCUGCAGAGCCAUGCUACACUUCACUGGAAGAUCCGAACAAACAAUUAAGGCUUCUCGUGGAGCAGCUUGCUCGAGACACUAAGAGAUCAUGCUCCAAGAUGGAUCUUCAAAUCAAAGCCCUUUCCCCUUCCGAUCCCUCAUUUCUCCAUGAAAUGGAGGAGACUGUUCAGCGCUCAGCGAAGCAAACAGAGUGGGUGGGGCAAGUUUGCUCACAUCUUGCUCAAGAUCACCUUUCUGCUACCACGCUAGAAGAGGUGAAGGAUGACAAAGGCUACGGGGAUGUUGAGGAGCAUACAGAAGUUAUCACAGAGAACUCUCAUGAUAAUCAUGAUCAGGAAAGUACUCUGGUUGCAGAUCACACAUUUCCUUAUUUCUGCUCUAACAUGCUGGGCCCGAGCGUGGAGAUGCAAGAUGAUCUCAUUGAAGAAAUUACAUGGCGACUUGCUCUCCAAUCUGUGCUAGAAGAAGAAGAGCAAGAAAGGGUGCAGAAACAAGUUGUGGAGGAUGACGAAAGUGAAGCAGGAGGAGUUCUUGAUCAUUUCCCAGGGGUGAUACCACAUGAAGAAGAAAGGGGGGUUGAAGAAGCGAGUGGUGUCCAGGCUGAGGAUGAAGUUAAGGUGGAAGAGGCUUGCACCGGCCCUAUAAUACAAGUAAUAUACCCACCAAACUUCAAGGAACUACUUAGCAAGGACCCAUUUGCAGUGUCUCUUUGCCAGACCAAGGCCACAUCGACAUCGGUCCCUCUUGGUGGACGCGAUGGUGGUCAAUCGAUGUUGUCAUAUAUGGUUUGGGGCAAUGAGACGAGAGAAGAGAAGAAGAGGUCUCGAGGAUGGAGACUUCAUCUGCAUCAAGUGCACGAGCUUCCAUCACCAGUCAUACCACAUGCUCGUGACUUGCGACUCCACCUCAUUGACGAGAACCUCAACUUCAAGGAGGUUCUAGCAUGGACUGAAACUUAGGAGCCAUCAUCUAGCUCACGACGUGAAAGAAGCGCUUGUUGGGAGGCAACCCAACCAGUCGGUUUGCAUUUCUUUCUCUAUUUCUCCUCGGUUGAGUCAGUUUUGUUAUUUGAUUUUAGAGUCAAUAACUCAACCUUUGUGAGAUUUUGUGUGGUGUUUGCGUUCUGAUUACUCUCUCUUCCUGGAAUGCACCGCCUGACCCGUCCAUCAUCAUUCACCCUUGAUCUGGUAACUUCGUUCUACCCUCCUUAUCUUUCCUCCAUUGAGGAAAAUGUCGAACUUAAGUGUGGGGGGAUAUUCGAUUAUGUAUGCGGGUGAAUGUUUGGCUGUUUGUGUGCUUGGAGCCUAGUCCAUUGUCCAAAUUUUUAAAUUUGAGGGCUCCAAGUACGUAUUUCCUUGCAAAUUGCCUGCUUAGUAUGCUUUGAAUUGACAGUCUCUAUAGUAAUGUGCAACCUAGGGAGGUAGUGUAGCACUAUGGAGGAUGUUGAAGUAUAAGAUUUUUCCUAUCUAGCUCUUUGUUGUGCCAGUUGUUUUGGUGAAUUAGUGGAGCUAGGACCGUUGAAUUCAUGUGGUAAUGGUGACUCUAUGUGGAUUGUGUUUUGGACUCGUGUAUCGAACAGGGUGCUCAUGUGGAAAAUGAAAAAUGCAGUUGGUC